AUGUCUAUCCUUUCCCAUCUCUAUGCCAUGCAAAGGAGAAUGAUUGACUGGGACGCUGCCGUCAGAGACUUACCUUCGGAGAGGACCAGGGGGCAAGAAACAUUUAGCAGGGAUGCAUUGAACUUACGUACUGCGGAUCUUGAAGAUCAGGAAUCAACUUUCCCUUUUACAUCAGUGUCCCAAAUCUCUGCUCGCUACACCUGUUCAAAGAAACCAUCCUUAGAGGAUCGAUACAAAGAUAGGUCUCCUGUGCAUUCCUUGCUAACUGCUCCUUUGGAUGACCUUAAGGCAGCUCCUGUACCUUCCUUGGAACGACGGUCCAGUCUGAAGAAGAACAACUCCCCAGAAGCCACAACUGCAACCACUAGUCGAAGUGUUUCUUUCACCACCUCUACCUCGAUUCAGACGGGGGAAUCCAGUGGAAGCGCUUGCAGGAAAUUACAGAACAAGAUGGAGAAUCUACAAAACCUUGUGGAAACAAUGCAGUUAAAAAACCAAGCAAUGUCCAGCAUGAUCAGAUGCCAGGAAAAGAAAAUAGAGCAAGCCAAGGAAAAAGAGAAGAAACUCUCCAAAUGAAUAUAUAGG